AAGGCACAAGGUAGGGCACUAUAGGACACACUAUCCAACUAAGCAGUUGUGCUAGCAAGAAAGAAAAACAACAGAUUGUCAGAGGGAGAUGGCUUGUAACAUUACACUCCCUCUUUUACAGAACCAACUGACAUGUCCAAUCUGUCUGGAAGUGUUCAAGGACCCUCUUAUGUUACAGUGCGGACACUCCUUCUGCAGGGACUGCUUGUGGGGUCUGUUGAAGGAAUCUAAAAUCAAUCUACUGUGUCCUGUGUGUCGCAAUGAGAUUGACGACUGCACGUUUCCCCCUAAUGUUACAGUUAAACAUCUCAUUGAGACCCUGAAGAUGUUGAAUGAGCAAGAAACAGGGGCAGAGACUUGCCCUGAACACCAUGACCCACUGAGCUUGUAUUGUGAACAAGACCAGGAGGUUAUUUGUGGUCUCUGUGGUAUUAUUGGAGACCAUCACCACCACCAGAUCACUCCACUGGCUAGUGUAUAUAGCAGAAUGAAGGAGGAGGUGUCUACGUUGAUCACAGAAGUGCAGAAGGAAAGGAGGAACCUAGAGGAGGCAAUCAGUAAACUCAUCAACAACAAGACACGCAUUACAAAUGAAUCAGACGUGUUCCAGCGUUUAAUUUGCAAGGAGUUUCGCGAGCUGCAAAGAUACAUUGCAGAAGAGGAGUCUCACUUUCUGAAGGUCAUAGCGAGGAAGGCUGCAGAGCUCAUCAGCUCCAUUGAGACUCAGCUGAGACAGAAAAGGGAGAUCUUGAGCGCAGUAUGCGAACGAGAGAGAGAUCUACAAAGCUUGGGCAAUGAGAACCACUUACAUUUCAUUCGGCAUUACACCAUGGUAACUUCCAGUCCACAGACACCCUUUCCACGGUCGACUGACACAUCUUACACCUCUGUCUCCUUCAAGCCUGGAUUUCGACAAGAUGACAUUAAGCUCACAGUUUGGAAGCGCUUACAUCGAAGGAUCCUGCCAACUCCGGAAAUUUUGAAGCUGGACCCCCUCACUGCACAUCCUCUUUUAGAACUGUCCAAAGGAGAUUCUAUGGUGCAGUGCCGUUCUCUGGCCACUCGAAGGGGAAGCAACCCUGAGGGCUUUGACCACAGCAGUUGUGUGCUGGCAACACGUGGUUUUUCCACAGGUAAACAUUACUGGGAGGUAAUUGUUGGGUCCAAGCCAAAGUGGAGAAUUGGUGUAGUGAAAGGCACAGUUAGCCGCAAAGGCAAGCUGAAUCGAGCACCUGAUUCUGGUGCCUGGCUUAUUGGGCUCAAAGAAGGACGGAUCUAUGAAGCCUUCGCAUCUCCCAGUGUCUUGCUUCCCAUCAACAGCCGCCCACAGCGCAUUGGUAUCUUCCUGAACUAUGAAAAGGGAGAACUCACCUUUUACAAUGCAGAUAGUUCAGAUGAACUGAUACCGUUAUACACAUUCCAAACAGAGUUCCAAGGAAAGCUGUAUCCUCUGUUGGAUGUUUGCUGGCAGGUCAGGGGACCAAAUCCUCAGCCUCUCAUUCUUCCACAAGCCUACUAAAAGGAGACACCACCAGACCAUACCCCUACCUAUACCUAUAUACAGGGCUGUUUCCAGAGUGUGUGUAUCUACUCAUAUAUCAUUUCAUCCCAAGAAUAACAUGUAUUAUACAGGUUCUGUUCUAAUGAUUAUCUGGCAAGACAACAUAGAAGCAUUGGAACAUGCAUCAGUCCUGGUAUUCUUUUGUACAAAUGGGUCUGAAUAUAAUGCAGAUCAAGUUAGUACACAGGGACACUUUGGAUUUAUAAAGUAGUAAAAUGAUGGUGAGUUUCAAACUGUUAUUGUAUUCUGCGUAGCUUGGAAUAAUGUUAAACUGAUUUAUUUCGGGAUGUCAAAUCUUGGUAAAUUCUUUAAAUCGCUUAGUAAAGUAAAUCUUACAUGUUA